AUGGAGCUGUUUCUGCUUUCGCUGAUCGCCAUAUUGGGCGUUGUGCUGUACCGGAAGUAUCAACAGCGGCUUAAGUUUGCCGAGAAGAUAGAGCUAGUGCACUCGCAUGUGCCCGUGUUGGGUCAUAGUUUACUAGUGUUGAACAAAUCGUCGGAAAAACGUUUCCAAAUAAUUCACGAGAGCUUUCUCAGAUACGAUCGGUUGUUCCAAUUCCACCUAGGGACGAAAGUGUUCAUCUGCACCUCACACCCCGACAUCAUGCACUCUGUGUUGGAUAACUCGAAGGCGAUGAACAAACUGAAUGAGUACAAUUUCUUAAGGCUUGAAGAAGGCCUGAUCCAAAGCCCGUAUUCGCUAUGGAAACACCAACGGAAGACGCUGAACACGUCAUUCAACAAACGGAUUUUGGACAGCUUUGUGCCGUUGUUCGACAAGUGCGCCCGGAAAAUGAUCGAUGGCAUGAAACGAUCUUCUGAUCUGUCCAGGGUGAACGUGAUGGAACACUGCAGCCGAUGCACGCUCGAUAUGGUGUGUGGAUCUACUCUAGGCUCGGAUAUUCUGGACGAUCCGCAAGCAACCCAGCUGUUACCGAUGAUUGAUGAAGGAUUCAAUAUAAUGGGUCAAAGAUUUAUAAACGUGCAGUAUCAUUCGGAGCUCAUUUAUAGGUGGACCAAAAGCUACAAUAUUGAAAUGAAAUUUAGAGAAGUGCUAUACGACUACAUCAACAAGUUGAUUAGCAUCAAAAGGGCAUCUGCGAAAACGAGCGUUGAAGAUGAUAAAUCAGAAGAUGAGUUCGAGCUGUACAGGAAGCCACAGAUAUUUAUAAACCAUCUGCUAAAAGGCAAACGAGCUGGACAACCGUUCCCGGACAAGGAAAUUUUGCAUCACGCUGUGACCUUAAUUUUAGCGGGAAAUGACACAACUGCGAUAGGAAUUAGUAAUCUUCUCACGUUGCUAGCGAUGCAUCCAAAGGUACAGGAAAAGGCUCGACAAGAGAUCCUGGAGGUGUUUCCUGUUAGUAACGAGUUGGAGACGACAACGGAAGCGCUCAACCAACUAACGUACCUGGAACAAUGCAUCAACGAGGCACUAAGGUUAUGUCCGUCUGCACCUAUGAUAGGCCGAACAUGUACGGAUGACCUCGAAGUAGACGGCAAUGUGAUACCGCGAGGAACGGCGUUCGCGUUCAGUAUACUGGCGUUGCAUCGACGCCAGGACAUCUGGGGACCUGAUUCCUAUCGGUUUGAUCCUGAUCGGUUUUCGCCCGAACGCUCCGAAGGUCGCCAUCCGCAUGCAUUUGCGCCAUUUAGCAUGGGCUCGAGGGAUUGCAUUGGCAAACGCUACGCCAUAAUUAGCAUGAAGCUGCUGAUGGUGUAUAUGCUGCGAACUUUCCGUUUCUAUACCGAUAUAGGGUUCGAGAAAAUGGAGUUCAAGUUCGAUCUGACGAUGAAGCUUUCUCAGGGGUACACGUUUAGAUUGGAGCCCGUCAAUGCGUGCUGA